GAAAGGAUGGGAGGGAGAGGGAGGACACUGCAACCUACUUGAAUAAUUGAUGGUGUAAGGAAAUGAGAGCAGCUGGGUUCCCUGCCUCCAUCCGCUCACCAGCUGGGGAUGAGAGAUCCUUGCUCAGGAGAUCUGAGGAGGGGGUGUGCUGCUUCAGUGAUGUUAUAGACUCACCCACCCAAGGCUUUCCAUGUGCUCUUGCUCCUGCUGUCCCCAACAAGACUGUGGACUUGUUUGAGAUGAUUGAAAAAAUGCAGGGAAGUCGUCUGGAUGAACAAAGAUGUUCCCUUCCAGCUCCUCUCAAGACAGAAGAGGAGUAUAUUCCUUACCCCAGCAUCCAUGAGGUAUUACAGAAAGGCUGGCCAUAUCCUCUCAUUAUCUUACCCCAGUUUGGGGGCUACUGGAUUGAAGGGACCAGCCACAACCUCUCCAGCUUGAGUCCAACUCUGUCUGAUGUACCUUUUCCCUGGAGUGGUAAAGUGAAACUGGAAAGUGACCCUACAGCCAAGCUGUACCGCAAACAUUUUCUGGGAAAGGAGCACCAGAACUUUUACUCCAGUGACAUGUCCUUGGGCUAUCUGGUACUUUCUGUGAAGUAUGAACAGAGUGAGAAACAGGAAAAUCUGCGCUUGUUGCUGAGGACCCGGACUGGCACCAAACAUGACCUGAUCCCCAUUUCUUGUCUGAAGGAGUUUCCCAAUGCUGUCCAGAUGGCGAAGCUACUAUGUGAGGAUGUGAAUGUUGAACGCUUCUUUCCUGUCCUGUACCCCAAGGCUUCACAGCUUAUUGUUGCAUUUGAUGAACAUGUCAUAAGCAAUAACUUCAAAUUUGGGGUCAUCUACCAGAAACCUGGACAGACGACUGAAGAAGAAGUCUUCAGUAACACAGAAGAGAGUCUGGGUUUCCUGGAGUUCCUGGAUUUCCUUGGUGACAAAAUUCAGCUGCAGGAUUUCCGUGGGUUCCGGGGAGGCUUGGAUGUUACCAGAGGUCAAACAGGCACUGAGUCAGUCUACACGAAUUUCCGGGGCAAGGAGAUCAUGUUUCAUGUGUCUACAAAGCUGCCCUUCACAGAGGGAGAUUCCCAGCAGCUUCAGCGGAAGCGUCACAUUGGGAAUGACAUUGUAGCCAUCAUUUUCCAGGAUGAAAGCACACCUUUUGUUCCUGAUAUGAUUGCUUCUAAUUUCCUACAUGCUUAUGUGGUAGUUCAGCUCACUCAUGGCACCACUGGGGACACUCUUUACAAGGUUUCAGUCACAGCACGAGAUGAUGUCCCCUUCUUUGGACCCCCUCUGCCAAAUCCAGCCAUAUUUAGAAAGAGUGCAGAGUUUCGUGAAUUCCUCCUGAUCAAGCUCAUCAAUGCUGAGUACAGCUGCUAUCGAGCUGAGAAAUUUGCUAAAUUAGAGGAAAGAACCCGGAGUGCCCUCUUGGAGAGCCUUUUUGAGGAGCUACAGCUUCGCAGUCGCAGUAUGAUGGGAUUACCCAUAGGGGAGGAUGACAAGAUAGAGAACGGCAGUGGGGGCUUCCUUGAGAAUUUCAAGCGGGUGAUCAGAGGCCGCAGCCAGAGCCUGGAUACCACAGGGAUAUCCAUGAGAAAGCAGCAGCCAGCCACCCUGCCCAGCCGCCCAGCUACAACUGGCCUUGCCCUUAGUCAGAGUGUCGCCGAGGGCCCUAAGGCCAUUGCUGCGUCUUUUGCCUUGCCUGGUAGGAUCCCAGCACAUACCCGAGCCAGCCACUUCCAUGGGCGACGGAGUAGUGCCAUUGGCAUUGAGAACAUACAGGAGGAAAAGAGAGACACUGCAGAGAGAAUACAGAAAGUGCUGGACAGUCCCAGCUCUCCAGAGUUCCCCAGCAGGAAGAGCAAACACAUCUGAGUGGGGACAUCAAGCCAAACAGGAGUGGAUCGGAUGCUACUCAGUCAUUGGUUACCUCACUGAAGAUACUGGCAAGACUUUUGGGGUGAAAUGAAAGUCCCAGCUAAGAGGAACAUGAACUUACUUAAAGGACAUCAAGGACUGUGAAGAGACCAAGUGGCACCAAGUAACGCUCCACUGGCAGUUCCUGGAGCAGGAAUCCUGGGAAAGGGAGAUGGACAGAUAACUCCUAUUGGAGCAUUUUGGCUCAGUGCCCUUCUCAUAGCCUGAUCAGCAGACACUGAACCAACCUCUACUAAUGAUGGGGAAAGGAACCCACCCUGAGUGCUUCCUGUUCUCUUCCCCUCCCCUCAGAUGAGUGAGAACAGCUUGGCCUGCAGAAAGCAAGAGCAGAAGAACAUGUUUCCACCUCUGUCUCUAGUGCCUUUGGAUGACAUAGUUCAGGAAGUGCAAUGCAGAUAAUGAGGAUGGAGAAACUUGCUGAGGAAGGAUGCUGAGAAGAAGAUAUUUGUGGAAAUCUAGGUCCCCAGCUCACUUUAAGUAAUUGAUUUGCUCUGCCAAGGGAGAAGCAUGUUGGCCUUCAUUUCCUCCAAAAUAUAUUUCCUAAUCACCUGAGGAAAUAUCUUUGGCCUAUAUUGGCCCUAUCUUUACUGUUCUCCCUAUUGCAUGCUGGCAUGUAAUGUGCCUGGACUUUAGGUUUCGUUACUGCUUGUAGGUCAAGACUGGCCAUGUUUUGCAGUGUUUCUGAAGGAAUAAAUAUAUUUAGUAUGUUAAAAGUGUCUAAUCUUUCUUGUGUCUCUUAGCUUUUUGGGGUUUCUUAACAUUUUUAAGGACUUCAUCUCUUUCUUAUUAGCUGGUCUCUUGUGCAGGCAGUGAGUAUUUCACCAUAAAUUGUUAGGCUUACAUGCACAGUGCACCUUCCACCUUGUAAGUGUCAGCUUCAUGGACUGCUCUUUCUACUAGAAGACUGCAAGCAGUGGAUCCCAGAUUCUGUGCUGGGAAAAGCUGACCUUAAGGGACUUUCUUGACAGUUAUGAAACAUGUAGCAGUCUACCUUGCUGUCUGUGACAUUUGAGAAAGGGGUUGACAAGUGAUCCCAUACAGGUUGCUUUGAAUGUUCCCUUUAUAAUGACCCUGUGGGAGCUAAAGGUCUAAAGGGAUGGACCUACAGGAGCCAGUCUGCUGGCAACUGAGCACAUGGAAAAUCACCAGGAUGAGCAUCCUGACCUAGGUUCCCAUGCUGUAAGCGGGAGGAGGGGGGUUCUGAUCUGUCUGUGCAAGAGCUUGUCACUUGAUCCUAAAUAGUUUGGCACUGAGACAUUCUACAAUAAUUCGGGUCUCAGUAAUUUGUUUCUACCUUCCCCUUGCUUCCUUAACCUUUCUUAGUUAACCACUCCAUAAUAUGGGUUCAUGUCUAUAUGCUUUCCUGACUUCUGUUACAGCUGUCCAGAAACACAGCAGUAACAGUUUAUAAACUCUGUGACAUUAAAAAUGUGCUUUUAUAAUCCCCUUGUACUGUUUGGAAUUCCACCUAAGACCAAACAUGAUAAGAUGAGAGUGGCAGUGGGAGUGGGUGGCCUCAGUGGGGUAGUGCCUUCCCUCUAUACUCAGUUUAACAGCUUAUGAUGUACACAGGCUCCUGAAAUCUCUGAUCUCUAAAAUGAAGGCAUCUGUUGAUUUUAAUGAAUGACUAGAGUAAACACUGCUUAAAUACAGGUGGUUUGACUCGCUCUGCUUUGAGACACUUAGGUUUGUGACUUAAAAUUCAGUUAGUCUUAUCCUUUCAUCCAGAAUGGAAACAAGAAGUGGUGUUUCUACUAAAUGAAGUAGCAACCAGAAAUUAAGGAAAGCAAGCCAGUUCCCCUGAAUUCUGUUCCUAGGUAGAAAAACUAUUUGUAACUUAUUCUUACUGUUUCUGACUGCUAUAUAAUAAUGCUAUGUCACAAGAAGUGCAAGCCUGUGUGUAACAAUAAGCAUGAUGAUGUUGAAUGCUU